AUGGGAUCCUCCAUAAAGAUCAACUCAAUAUCAAUAGAUCUUGCAGGCGCUGCCAAGGAGAUUGAUAUGGUAAAAUGUGAUCAUUUCUCCAUACGUGGAUUCGUUUCUGAAAUCCGCGAGAGGGAUCAUAACAAAUGUUGGCCAUUUCCGGAGGAGAGUGUUAGUUUGGUGGACCAAGAAAGCUAUUCUCUUCCUUCUCUAUCAGUUCCAAAGUUUAGAUGGUGGCGUUGUAUGAGCUGCAUCAGAGAUAUAGAUGCUGAUGGGACCAGCAAAGAUUGUGGACUGCAUCCAAAUUCUAGUAGUAUAAGCGGGAAAAAGCUCGAUGGAAACUCUUUGGCUAUCCUAAGCCAAAGCAACUUGAAUUCACUUACUGUUAUUGAUCAGGAGAAAGAGAGGAGAACUGAUAUUGCAGGUAAUGCUGUUGAUGUCAAUGAGGAUGUAAACUGCAGAAGAUCUCAGAAGGGUGAUCAGAGAGCUACGACGUUUCUCAAGAGAGUUAAUAGCAAGAGCAGAAAGCUAGCAAGCCAAGAGCAUGUAAGAAACAAGAAAGCUAAAGUAGCAGGUAUUAGCAGCUGGAAAGAGAAACAUAACGUGGGUGGUCAGGCUGUGACAACUUUUGGUUCAUCUGAGAUCGCUGGUGUGGUUGAGGAUACACCCCCUAAAUCCAUCAAGAAUCAUCAUAAAGACAGUCUUGUUCUUAUGGAAUGUGACAACGGGCCAUCAGAGAGUAUAAAUCUUGCCAUGACUGGGUUACAACGUAGGAAAACUCGUAAGGUUCGUAGACUUAGCGAGCUGCUUGACCAACCCGAGACCAAAACCAGUGGUGGUAUCAGAAAAGAAGAGUCUCCUUCUUCCAAAAGGGGUAGAAAAAGAAAAGUGUUGUUACCUGAAAACAACUAUGUCAGCAGGAAGUUAAUCACUGUUGGUACAACUUCUGAAAAUAAUGCCUCCAAAAGUUGUGACUCUGAUCAAGAUUAUAGUACGUCGACUGAUAGUGGGUUUGACAGAGAUCUUAUUAAGGGUAAGCAGAAGAACAGAAGGUUCCAGGUUGUUGACGAGUUUGUUCCUUGUGAAACUUCACAAGAGGGUGUUGGAAAGAGUGCUUUAUCAGCUCCUUCAUUGAAGGAAAAGUAUUCAGUCCCUUGUCCUCUGAGUGCUCAGAGAACAGAGAAGAAACUAAGCUUAACCAGAAAGAAGAAAAACAAGCCUAUAUCAGUUAAUGAGAAGAGUACACUGAUCAGCUUUGGUUCUCAAUAUACUAGAGAUUUAUUGAAUAAUGAGAAAAGAGUAGGCAGUUUAUUUGAGGCUUCAGAAGGAUAUUUCAGAAAACCUUUCCCUCAUCAGCCUAGUGGUAGACCGGUGAAUAAUGAUCAUGUGAAGUCAAGAGAUGUAGAAGCAAACCGUCUUGGAGAGUUUGGUUCCUCUUCUAAACCCAACACAAAUGGAUGGUUGAGAACAGGAGUAGAUGCUGCUGUUGACUUCAGCAGCAACAACAAUACAGAUAGAUUGUCUUUUCAGAACUUCAAUCUAAGAAACACCUCUGAAGUUGCAGAUCGAUCUUCUCUGAUACAAAUGGAUGCUGACAGGAAGGGGAAGACAGUUAUGUUCCAAGAACACCAUCAUGUAGCGACGAAUAGAAAGGAGAAUACACAUGAAGACCAAAACGACGAUAUUCCCAUGGAGAUAGUCGAGCUCUUAGCCAAAAACCAAUACGAAAGGUGCCUUCCCGACAAAGAAGACGACAAACAUCCAUCACAAGAAACAACAACACACAAACCCAAGAACACUCUACUGAUCGAUCUCAAUGAAACCUAUGAUAAUGGAGCCUCCCUGGAGGAUACCAACAACACUUCAAAACCUUGUGAUAGCAAUGCAAGGAGAGAGGAACAACAUUUUGUGACUGGAAAACAACACAAGUCUCUUGACUUCUUCCCUAUAAGUAUAAGUCAACCCUUUGUACCUUCUCCGUUUGGGAUCUUUCCUCCUCCUCCUCCUACUCAAGAUAACCGGUUUUCUGGUCAAACAUGCCAAUGGCUUGGUAAUGUCCCCACUAUGUCUACACAGCCUCCAUAUCGGGUGUUACGCGCGUGUAAUACAUGCCAGAGUGUUCCACAAGCACCUUCUCAUCCAAUUUGGGCAUCUUCUAUGAGACCACCACAACCACAAUGUCAUCAUCAUACACCAGUUUCUUUCAACAUGGAUCCCUCAACGAAGCUUGGUAUGCUUUCACAAGCACCACCAAGCAAUGAGAAUACAUGGAACCUCAACUUUGUUGCUGCUAACGGGAAGCAAAAAUGUGGGUCUAGCUCAGAGUUCUCUUUUGGUUGCAAACAUGGUGGUGGAGUUAAUAAUAGUGAGAGUUCUAUACCUGCAUUGCAUUUACUCAGCCUUAUGGAUCCUCGUGUUGGACCAAACACUCCCUCUGAUCACCACCAGGGUAACACUAAAGCUACUACUAAAAGACACUUUCCACAUGUUAGCCAGCUUCCCAAGGAACGUGUAGAGAUUCAGACAGGUGACUCUAGUAAGACAACAGCCUACCAAACCAAGAACCAGUUUCCUUAUGAUUAUUACAACAAGAGUUUCCCCAUUGGUGCGUCUUCAUUCUCAUUUCAAAAUGCACAACCUUCAUGGAUUCAUCAUCACCAAGAGAAGAAAACCAAGAGAAAAGACACUAGCAGCAGUAAUGACCAAGGGAGAUUCCAUCUUCUAGGAGCAUCUGAUUCCAUGAAGCUCCCUUUGAAGUUUCACAUGAUGGAUAAAGAGAAGAAACAGAACAGAAAAGCAGAGAGGUGUAGUAAUGCCUCCACGUGGCUUCAAAAGAAUAGUUGUGGACCCACUGUGUGCACCGUGAAUAGAAACCCUGCUGAUUUCACCAUUGCUGAACAUGGGAAUGUUUACAUGUUAACUGGUGAAAGUCUCAAGGUUCGAAAACGCUCAACCUACAAGAAAAAAUCAAGUUUGUUUAAGGAGCAGACUAAGCAGCUGGUUCAUCCAGUUACAGAAAAUGCCUAGAGAUAAUACAAAAGUGGACGAGACAUGUGCCGAUGGUGAGAGGAAGAGGGUUGCAAAGAGACACCAUUUCAAUUGAAAUCAAGAAUAAGUGAAGCAGGAAACAGUAAAAGUGAAUCUUCCUUCCUUUUUCUAGUGAAAUCAAGAAUAAGCUAGACACCAGUUCUUGGAUCUCUGUGCUCUGCACAUCUCUUCUCAAUAUGUUUGUUUGUUAAGGCAUAUACUUGGAUAAAACAUUCAGUGUGUGUGCAUACUCUUGGACCUUGUCUUUUGUUCUUUAUCCUUUGUUGGUGAAUGAAUACCUUCAUUGUGUUUGAUGUUUUGUACAAGUCAUGAAUCAUAACAUAUAUAACAUGUAUUCCGCAAUUUGUGAAUAUCUAAUAAAUCUUAGUAAGAAUUA